AAAAAAAACCAAAAAAACGUACUGGUGGAAAACAUUGCUCUCUUCUCAUUCUUUCAAUUUCCCAUUGUAGCGCACUCCACGUUCUCCAUUAGACCGACUUUUGAUACUUCUAUCUUCCAUUGAAGUAGCUUCUUAGUUUCACCAUUUGGGAUGUUUAUUUGGAAAGGAAAACAGAAUGGUGCGAAAGAAGAGUCAGAAAAAAGCUGAGUUUGCUAAUAGCUCCUCUCAAGCAUCAACUGAGAAGAAGACUCCGGAAUCCUUGAAGCUCACUGCUAAACAGCUGAAGAGAUUAAAGAAAUGGAGGCUGCGAAGAGCAAAAAGAAAAGAAGCUGCCGUACAGAGUCAAGUCACGAAUGAGGAAAAGAACAGGACAGCAGCAAUAGUGGAUAAAGAAAGCAAUCUGAAUAGGAGUGAUAAUGGCAAAGAGAAUGGUGCUCCCAAGGGGAACAAAAAUAAGAAAUAUAGAAACACUAAGCAUGAGCCAAAAAGUGAUAAUAAGGAUAAGAACAAGACAGCAGCAAGUGUAGAAAAAGAAAGCAAUAUGAAUUCAAGUGAUUAUAGGAAAGAUAACGGUUCUGUCAAGGAAGACAAAAAGAAAAAAAAUAGAAACAGUAAGUCUGAGCAAAAAUGGGUUGAGGCUCCAAAUUCUGAGAAUAAAGUUGGUGGAUUCAUCUUCAUGUGUAAUGCAAAAACAAAACCUGAUUGUUUUCGUUACAAAGUCAUGGCCCUGCCUUCCAGCAAAAAGGAGGUUGUGCUUGGUAUAAAGCCUGGUUUUAAGCUUUUCCUAUACGAUUUUGAUCUUAGGCUCUUGUAUGGAAUCUAUGAAGCAUCUUCUGCUGGGGGUAUGAAACUUGAGCCAGAUGCUUUUGGUGGGGCUUUCCCUGCUCAGGUGCGCUUCAGAAUUAAUGAAGACUGUUUACCUCUCCCUGAAAGUGUUUUCAAGAAUGCAAUAAAGGAAAACUAUGAUGAGAGAACCCACAAAUUCAAGACUGAACUAACUUCUGAACAAGUGAAGAAACUUAGAUCCCUGUUCCGUCCUAUUCACCAGCUUCAUUUGAAGGAUCAUCCUGUCGUUCUGCAGCCUGCAUCAUCUUCUGAUCGACUUUUUGUCUCUGAGAUGGAGUACCGCAGAUAUGGCCUCCGACCAGAAUUACGUAAUAUGGGGCAAGAUACAGUUUCCUAUGCUCCUGUUCCAGAUUCUUAUGGGACUAAUCAAGAGAGGGAACAACUUUUCAGGAGCUCUGCUACACUAUACAAGGAUACACCAUCUGUGCAGGAGCAACUCUAUAGGAUUCCUGCCCCUCUGUACAGGGAUGUGUCCCGUACACAGGAGAUGUUAGCGAAGCCUGCCCCAGUUUAUGGGUCUUUUUCCUCGUUGCAAGAACCGGCAGUUGCUCAUCAUGAGCCAUUUUAUUUGAGUGAAAAUGAGUAUCGAAUGUAUGGUUUGCGAGGUCAAAGUGAGCAUAAACCAUUGGUAUCAGCCACAACAAGGCCAAGUAAUGAGUUGGAUGGUUACCAAGAGAAUCAAUACCACUCUCAUGAUCCAUUCACAAGUUUAACAAGGGCAGGAGCUGAUACUUAUGGGGCAUAUGCGCAGGCGACAGUGACCCCUUCUGAUCCAUUCACAAGUUUAACAAGGGCAGGGGCUGAUACUUAUGGGGCAUACUCGCAGGCGACAGUGACCCCUUCUGAUCCAUUCACAAGUUUAAAAAGGGCAGGGGCUGAUACUUAUGGGGUAUACUCGCAGUCAACAGUGACUGAGGCUUAUCGUAUUGACUUGGGGCUUGCAAAUAAUGCUGUUGAUUACCAUUUACCGAGAAGGGUUGCUGAUGAGGGGCAGUAUUUAUCUUAUGCCUCUCGUGAUCUAUCUGCAUACAACCAGAGAAGUCAUGUUGGUGCUCAAUCUGAGCUUGCACCUGCAUCUGUUUCAUCUCGAUACUCAUUUGCAGGGGGAUCCUAUUCCUAUAGAUAAAUCAAAGCUUCUAUUGCACGGCAUGGCUUCUUAGGCUUUGUUUCUUGUUUAUGACUAGUAUUGGAGAGCAAAUGGAAGAUUAGGUCAGCUGAAUUCAGUGAUCUGGUGAUGUACUUGUUUAAAUCGAUUUCAUUUAUAUCUUACCUUGAUCUCUGAUACUUGAAAGGUAACUUGAACUCAGGUGGGCACUUCAUAGGAAUGUGCAUUUUAAAUGAUAGUUACCAGUUAAUGUUCAUAAACAUCUCGAGAAGUUAAGAGUGGGUGAUGUCAUGACGAAGCAUCAAAUCUUAAGGAUGCCUUUCCUAGCCCUAA